AUGAAACAUCCACAAAAACUAGCUGUUGAACUAGAUGAACAAUCAUUAACAUAUUGUGAACUGUUGUAUUAUGUUCAAGUCUUAUCUUUAACUCUUCUUAAUGAAUAUCAUGUGUUUCCAGGUGAGAUCGUGUGUCAAUGUGUUGAGCGAAGUUUAUCAAUGGUGAUUGGUAUAAUGGGAAUUGAGAUGGCUGGUGGCGUUUAUUGUCCAUUAUCCCCUCGAGAUCCACAACAUCGCUUAUAUGCACUUACACAACAAACACAAAGUCGUCUUGUUCUUGUUCAUCAUUUAACUAAGACGAAAUUUGAUCAUGAUAGUGUUUCACUUGAUAUUGAUUUAGUAUUAACCAGCCAUGUCGCUGAAUGUGUCAUUAAUCUGAACGGACUAUUAAAAGUUGCAACAGUAUCAGACGAUGUCGCAUACAUUAUUUUUACAAGUGGUUCUACUGGAACACCAAAAGCAGCUCAGACCAGGCAUCGGAACUUCACAAAUUUCGUGCGUUCCAUAGAAAAUGCUGGUGUAAUAAACGAGCAAGACACAGUGUCUCAAACAUGUGCACCGACAUACGAUGUACAUGUCAUGGAAACCAUGGGUAGUUUACUUUUGUGCGCCACUGUUAUAAUGUUACAUCCAUAUGGCAAUAUGGAUUUUGAAUAUUUUGCUCACACACUGCAACAUAAACAGAUUACGUGCCUUGCACCUGUUCCAACUUUCUUAAAUCAUUUAUGUGAUUUUCUUGUACAUUCCAGUCGCUAUUCUUUGUCAUCUGUGCGAUCACUUUGCAUUGGUGGUGAGCCAUUUUCACAAAAACUCGUUCACCGCCUCAGAAGUCAUAUUAAAAGUGAGUUUUACAUGCACAACAUAUACGCACCGGCUGAAUGUACCAUUGUGUCGAUAUGUCAUCGCGUUGACACGAAUUCUGUUGAGAACAACAUUCCUCUUGGUAGUGUUCUGGCUAAUGAACAAUACAAGGUUCUGGAUAUUUUAUUGCAACCAGCAGCGAUCGGAGAAGAAGACGAGUUGUUUAUAGGUGGCGAGGGUGUAUUUGCUGGUUAUCUUACACGUGAUGAUUUAACUGCAAACGUUCUUGUUGAAAUAGAUGAUAAACUAUUUUAUCGCACAGGUGAUCUUGUUAGAAUAGAUAACAAUGGUCUGCUUCAUUAUCAAGGAAGAAAAGAUCAUCAAAUCAAAUUACAUGGACAACGAAUCGAACUUGGUGAGAUCGAACGAUGUUUACUUAGCAUUACAUCCAUUUCUGCUUGUGUUGUCAUGAAAUGGAAUGACGAUUACUUAGUUGCAUAUGUUCAGUCAUCUCAGAUCAAUGAAAAACAAUCCCGUGAACAUUGCCAAUCUCAUCUUCCACCGCAUAUGAUUCCAUCCAUAUUUGUUAUACUUGACAAACUACCAUUGAAUCCAAAUGGAAAAAUAGAUCGAAAACUUCUUCCGCCACCUCACUUCUCAUCAGUACAUCUUACAAACACUGUCGAACUACUACUACCAACAAAUGAUAUUGAAGUUAGCAUUCAUCAUAUUUGGUGUGAGAUAUUUAAACAAAAUCAAAUCUCAACUGAUACAAAUAUCUUUGCUAUUGGUGGUCAUUCAUUACUUAUCAUGCAACUUUUCCAUCGAUACAAGACCAAAUUUCAUUUGGAAACAAGCACUCUUUCUAUUUCGAAUCUAUUUCAAUAUCCAACAAUUAUUCAUCAUGCUCAACUUAUUCAACAAUCUAUCAAUACCAUUCACACUGUGAAUAAUUAUCGUUGGUCUUCAUUAUAUCUCACUAAAGCUAGACCAUCGUUUGCACAAGAACGAAUCUAUUUAGAUGAACAAAUUCGUUUUUCAUCCAACAAAACAACGAUGAAUAAUAUGUAUGUUAUUCCAUUAAUUUAUCGUAUAUCAUCUGUGAAUGAUCAUAUAUCAAUUGCUCGAUUAUAUCAUGCAUUUCAGAAUGU